AUGAAGCCCGUCGUUAGUUCAAUGCAAGCUUGGUCGUGCACCGUCAUCUCCUUCUUCGCAAUCAUCAUCCUCACCGUCCUCGCCCUCCUCUUCCGCUCCAACCACGAGCAGCUCAUGGGCAGCACCAACGACCCUACCGAUGGCAAAGCCGUCUCUCAAACCGUCUUCACCGCCGUCUUCGUCUACAUCGUGCGUUUCUCUCCAACUUCGAACCGUUUUUAA